UGCCUACAGAGCUGCGCGCCGGAGGCUUGCACUCCCGCUCCCACAAUGCACAGCGCGCCCACCGAAGGUCGUAUGAUGAGGCGUCACUUCCGUAAACACGCUAGGCGACCGGUGAAAGGGGAAGCUGCGCAGAUAAGAAAUUAGUCUGAGUGCAAUAGUUAACCAGCGGAAAUGGAAGAAAGGAAAAUCAAGAGGAGGAGCCCCAAAUCAUCCAGUAGUCACCCAACUCAGGUUGCUAAUGCCAAGAAAAAUUCUGUGCCGGUCAGUAGAAGUACAGCAUUUUCAAAUCCUGCACCACAAGCAAAUUCACAAAGACCGAAGUUAAAAAGAGGAAUAAAAGAAAAAGCCAAACCUCCAGGAGGGGAAGGAAAAGGGGCGCAGGCAGCUCCAAUACAGCACUCUUUUCUCACAGAUGUAUCAGACGUUCAAGAGAUGGAGAGGGGACUUCUGAGCCUUCUAAAUGAUUUCCACUCUGGCAAACUUCAAGCAUUCGGAAAUGAGUGUUCCAUAGAACAGAUGGAACAUGUGCGGGGGAUGCAGGAGAAGCUAGCUCGCUUGAAUUUGGAACUCUAUGGGGAGUUGGAAGAACUUCCUGAAGAUAAAAGAAAAGUUGCCAGUGACUCCAAUUUGGAUAGGCUGCUAUCAGAUCUGGAAGAACUGAAUUCUUCUAUACAAAAACUUCAUUUAGCAGAUGUACAAGAUAUCCCAAAUACCUCCACCAGUUAAGUGUAGAUUUUUUUGAUUUAGAAAUCUCUCCAGAAGUCAUGUCUUUAUUUUUCCAAUGGAAUCUAGAUUCUUACUCAUUUUCCACAACAGAAAAUUAAAGUGCAAAUACAAGUGA